AUGACUGGCAUGAACCAGGCUGCGGCUCGGAGCAUCCUGGAGUACAACCAGUGGCUGCUGGAACACACCAGGUUCCUGGGCAAGCUGGCGGAGGUGAUGAGGGUUGAGCGAGGCCUGUGGACAGAUGACCCCGACACCCAGGCCGAGCAGCUCAUCUCCAGGGCUGGCAGCCUGGCCAAACUCGAGCUGGAGAGGCCCACCGAGAGCAAGGAGGCCCUGCAGAAGCUGCAACAGAAGCUGACGUCUCAGAGGGAGAAGCUGGCCGGCAGCAAGCGGCACGUCCAGCUCCUGAGCGGCAAGCUGAGCGCGCUGGAGAGUACUGGCCGCGGGGAGCAGCACGCAGCCCUGGCACAGCUCCAGCACACGGCCGACAAGCUGCAGGGGGAGCUCGACCUGGUGAAGAGCAGCAACCGCGGGCUGCGGGAGAAGGCAGAGGCGGUCAACGCACUGCGGGCAAAGUGCCAGGAGCAGGCCAGGACCAUCGACAGGCUGAGCGAGUCGCUGGAGAAGGCGGAGGCCAUCAAGGAGAAGGCGGCGCGCAAGGUGGUGACGCUGGCCUCCGAGCUGGGCCGGGCGGAGGAUGGGGCCUGGGAGAGCGGGGCAAGGGCGCAGCAUCUGCACCAAGCCCUCAGCAACGAGCUCCGCUCCACCAAGGGUGCCCUGGAGGAGGUGGCCCGGAGAGAGAGGCAGCUGGUGGAUUUCCGGGAGUUUGUGGCCAGAGAGCUGGGAUUUGACACCAACAGCAUGGCGGUUCCAGACGAGGAGAUCUACCGUCGUCUGGGAAGUGUCUCCCAGCCCCGGGGCCGGCCCGGUGGCUACGGCGCCUCCAGAUCCGGGCCCCCCCACAGCUACCCUGCCAGCUGGGAUGCGGCCCGCGGGGGCCACAGUGCCUAG